UGCACGUGACACGACAGCUGCACUGACUCCGCGCGUUACCUGACAUGAGAAUGCGACAGCGGUAGACAGUGCGCUUCUCAGCUGCGGAGAAUUCAGGCGAGGAAGUGAACCAUUGGAAAAUUAGAAGUAAAGUAAAGAAACAAAUAACGAGGGAGUCUCCUUUCCAUAUCGGACACGUGUAUCUGAGACGGAAAAGUACAGUACCUAACUGUCGGGCACUCUGGAAAAAUGGAGAUAAGCACCGUGAGCAUCGUCACCUGCGCUCUCUUAGUGUCCGUGCCGCCUGCAAAGGGGCAACUUUCUCCUGGGGAGGAUGCCUAACAGGUUUACAGGACACUAGGGCCCAUACUUAUAGCACUGGAGAAUAAAAAGGACUCAAUCCUGUGUGCAGUGCCAAAUCCUUCACCCACUUAGACCAGGCCAACGUGAACCACUUGUUUUUGGAUUGUGGAAAGAAGCUGGCAUAAUCAUGAUAAAUGCUGAAGCUGCAGUCCUGAAGAUUGAUGGAGGGCCAUGCAAUUCAAACAGCAGGCGUUGCUGAGACAGAAGCUCUUUGUGCUUGCCAGCCUUGCUGUUGGAAGUCUCCUGUAUCUAGUUGUCAGAGUUGGGAGCUUGGAUAGGAUCCAGCCUGUUUGUCCUUUAGAAGGGCGAAUUGGGCCUCGAAUUCCUGAGCAGAUCCCUCUGCGCACUUUACACUUCAAACGGGGCUUACUGCAUGAACUGAGAAAAGGGAAUGCCACGAAAGAACAGAUACGGCUUCACAAUCUGGUACAACAGCUGCCUCAGGCAAUCAUCAUAGGAGCACGGAAAGGUGGCACCAGGGCACUACUGGAAAUGCUCAACCUCCACCCAGCUGUUGUCAAGGCUUCCCAGGAAAUUCACUUCUUCGAUAACGACCAAAACUACGCCAAGGGAAUUGAAUGGUACAGGGGGAAGAUGCCAUUUUCGUAUCCACAUCAAAUAACUAUUGAGAAAAGCCCAGCCUAUUUUAUAACAGAAGAAGUUCCCGAGCGAAUCUUCAAAAUGAACUCCUCCAUCAAAUUACUGAUUAUUGUGAGAGAGCCUACCACUAGGGCUAUUUCUGAUUACACUCAAGUGCUGGAAGGCAAAGAAAGGAAAAAUAAGACGUACUACAAAUUUGAAAAACUAGCAAUUGAUUCAAACACUUAUGAGGUGAAUACUAAGUACAAGGCAGUGAGAACGAGCAUUUACACCAAACAUUUAGAGAGGUGGUUGAAGUACUUUCCCAUUGAGCAGUUUCAUAUCGUGGAUGGAGACCAGCUCAUUAUAAACCCCUUACCUGAACUUCAGCUCGUGGAGCGUUUUUUGAAACUUCCUCCGAAGAUUAGUCAAUACAACUUGUAUUUCAAUGCCACUAGAGGCUUCUAUUGCCUACGGUUUAACAUUGUCUUUAACAAGUGCCUAGCAGGUAGCAAAGGACGAACUCAUCCAGAGGUGGAUCCUUCUGUUGUUACCAAAUUGCGCAAAUUUUUCCACCCUUUCAAUCAAAAGUUUUACCAGAUCACUGGGAGGACAUUUAACUGGCCAUAAAGCAAGAUGUUUACAACACCUUCUUAAAUGGGCUUUUUAUAGAGCCUGAUCUAAAGUACAAAAAAGCACUUUUAUUAAAAAUAAAGACUGACAAUGUAACAUGAUGUGACCAAAUAUUAAAUGGGAUCAAAGUUUCUUUUAUUUCUUUAUAUAUGCAGUAUGUUGAUGUUUGCAGUCCUGAAUUAAUUUAAGCUUUAUUUUAAGUGACCACCUUUUCGUAUUUAACGCAUUGUUGCUGUUCAAACUGAUAGAUUUCUAGAGCCUACAUUCCCCUUUGAAAAUGUCCUGGGUAAUAACUGUAUGUUUUGAAAAUUUUAAAAGUGAACAGAUAUUCUUAUAUCCAGAACCAUAACAAAGAAAUAUUGUUAGCCAUAAUUCUGACAAUUGUUAUUUGUAGCUGGGGGUCAACAUUUCUCUAAGUACGUUGCACAAAACUGAAGAUGAUUAAAUUACUUUUAAAACAUA